AUGAACGCGACCUUCCUGAACCAUAGCGGCCUGGAGACAGCGGGUGGCUUGGGCGGCGGCGGCGGCGGGGCUGCGCUGGGGAACCGCAGCCACGGGCUGGGCACGUGGCUGGGCUGCUGCCCCGGGGGCGCGCCGCUGUCCGCCAGCGACGGGGUCCCCGCGGGGCUGGCGCCGGACGAGCGCAGCCUGUGGGUGUCGCGCGUGGCGCAGAUCGCCGUGCUCUGCGUGCUGUCGCUCACCGUGGUCUUCGGCGUCUUCUUCCUGGGCUGCAACCUGCUCAUCAAGUCCGAGAGCAUGAUUAACUUUCUGAUGCAGGAGCGCCGGCCUUCCAAGGACGUGGGCGCUGCCAUCCUGGGGCUGUACUGAGCGCCGCUUCUGCCCGCCCUCGUCAGCGCGGCUGGAAGAAGACCGAGGAGAGCCCAGGACCCUAGAUCCGCCUUCCCGAGCUCUGCCGCCGCCUCCGGGAGGGCAGCUCGAGGGCCUCCGCCCACCCGCAAAGCGCCACGGGGCGCCCGCCCCCAGGACACUGCAGGACUCCAGGCGGCGGCGCGGGAAGGGACUUCCACACCAGACUGCGUGCGGUCCAGCCUUGGUGGGCGG